CAUUGACGUUCGCUAGUCGGAUGCAAAAAGAGAGGCGUUUUUUUCCCAAAUUUUCUGAUUUAGCAAAUCCAAUUUCAUUACACACUUCAUUUCAGGAUAUUUUACAUUAAUAAUUAAAAAGUUAAAAUGAUUCGCUUCAUCCUAAUACAAAAUCGGGCAGGCAAGACUCGGCUAGCAAAAUGGUAUAUGAACUUCGACGAUGAUGAAAAGCAGAAGCUGAUAGAGGAGGUACACGCUGUGGUGACCGUUCGCGACGCAAAACAUACCAACUUUGUUGAGUUCCGAAACUUCAAGAUAGUAUACAGGAGAUAUGCUGGACUGUACUUCUGCAUAUGCGUGGAUGUGAAUGACAACAACCUGUGUUACCUGGAGGCCAUACACAACUUCGUGGAGGUCCUUAAUGAGUACUUCCAUAAUGUGUGCGAGUUGGAUCUUGUGUUUAAUUUUUAUAAGGUAUAUACAGUAGUUGACGAGAUGUUCCUGGCUGGAGAGAUUCGGGAAACCUCCCAGACUAAAGUCCUCAAGCAGCUGCUCAUGCUUAACUCCUUAGAAUAAAAAGUUAAAUUAUUCUCAUAUGUGGUUAUAGCUUUUAAACAUAAUUUAUCUCUAUAAAAUAGUUUAAUAUAAUAUUAUACAAGAUCUAUGCUAUAUUGGUGAUACAUAAAUCUCUUAUACUAAUUUGACAGAUCUUAAAGAUCCAUCUUUUUCUUGUGCUACAAUAAAAAGUUAGAACUACUUUUAAACUGCCAGUGUAGUUAAAAGAUUUAUGUUAGCACCAACAAUAACAAUAAACAAGAAUAAAGUUAUAUUGUAGAGUAGAUUUAUUGGAUAAAUUUGUGUUUGUGUACUGUAGUAAAUUAUUAUUAUAUUGUAAUACUAUUAUUAUUGAAUGUUCAAAGUAUUAUGAUCUUUAUAUCAUAAAUCAUUCAUAUUCCAACUAAAAAUUGGGGUUAAUUUGUUUGUACACUAAUUUACAGCUGUCAACUGUGUAUUUAGUGCUUUCAAUGGACAAUGGCAGUGUUCCCUAUAUAUGGCUUUCAGCUAUAAAUUUAUCAAAUGUAAAAAUGUAGUAAAAAAAACUCAAAUAAGUAUUUAGUAAAAGUUUAAUGUAAAGAAUGUGUAAAAUUUUAGCAAGUAUACUAUAUUUAAGUGACAAUUUUCCU